AUGGCUGUUUCCAGAGAUCACUACUACCGUCUCGCGUCUGAGCUUGAGGACGAGCGGAUCUCAGCAGCCUCUGAACUGAUUACGGAGCUCCGCGACACUGACUCGCAGAAAGAAUGGAAUUAUGCUCUCGAUAGACUGAUCAAGGGUCUUGCUUCUUCUAGAGCGGGAGCCAGACUGGGAUUCUCACUGUGUUUGAGUGAGAUUCUUUAUGAACUGAUUGAAGUUAAGAAGACGUACAACGUGGAAAGUUUCUUGGCAGAUUUGAGCCAAAAACUGGCAAGCUCCGUCAGCAACAAAAACACGGGAAAGAACGCCAGAAGUCUAAUUUUCGGCGAGCUUUUCGGUCUUCAGUCACUUCUUAACUCAAGGGUUAUAGACAAGGACUUGAGCGCAGGAAACACACAAAGCUACACGAAGAUUGUUGGUAAAUUGAUAGAUCUAUCGUUGUUCAGGCCAUGGAUCAGAGAAGCCUGUUUUGCAACGAUCUACCGCUCCUUACUGUCAUUUGGGAUACCACAGAACCCCAAGUAUACUAAUAUCAUUGUUGAGUUGCUAGAAAAGACCCAAUCUGCGGGUCUCACGCUGACAACCGAGGGAGUGUUAGUUGCAUUGAGCAUUCCCACAGAGAGACGUCAAAACAUGAUGGAACUCGCAAAGAUAGACAAAUGGCAACAGGGGAACCCACUUGCAAAAGGAAAUCUACCAAUUCUGUCUAAAAUAUUGAAGGAUGUUGAUGUGGUGGCAGAUGACGAAGACAAGUCAAAAAAGAAAGGAAACUGGACCAGAGCACUUCAUUUUGUGUGGACACCGCUUUUAGCCGAACUCAUAGACAACUCUAACAAAGAGGAACAUAUUCCGAGGGAGCGUAAAUCGAAAAAACAAAAGACGCAAGCCAAAUAUAUCAAGCUAGCUGAAUUUUGGAAAGCUUGCAUAGACGACCAAUUCUUUGCUCAGUCAGCUUCUCCAGAGCGAAAGUACAAAGGCCUUGAAGUUUUGAAUACUGUUCUUGAUAUGGAUAACCUCGAAGGAGAUCAUGUUGAGGUUGUAUUGUCUGCUAAUCUAAUGCGGACAGUUAUCAAUCAAAGUUCUAACCCCGACCGUUUACUAAACAAAUUGGCUAGGAACACUCUUACUCAUCUAGUCAAAUCAUGCGCUGUGAAUCAAGAUAGAAUAGUACCCGCAUUGAGAAGCAUUCUUAGAGUUUCCUUGAAUUUUGAUAGACUCACAAAAUCAAAGAUUACAAAUGAGCUGAUCAUGUCUGCAGAUAAUGACCAUACAAUUGCAGAGAUUGUCCAGUUUCUUACUUCACUCGAGCGUUCGGUCAGCGAAGACAUCAUCAAGUACCAGAUAUUUGCACUUGACUCUCUUUUGCAUUUAGUGAGGGCCAAGAAGUCUAUCAUCUCCCAAAAAGAGACCUACGAAAACAUUAUUGACUAUUUGAUCGAACACAGCUAUGUGAAAAAGGAGUCCGACGACAGGUACUCCGAUAGAAUGGCCAAGUGCUCGCUGGAAAGACUCUACUCCAUUCUUUUAGAAAUUAUGUCAAGUGGCCACAGCCAGGGCAAAAUGUCUUGGCCAUACUACGCUGUAAGCAAACUUGUUGAAAAAGAUGGCGAUUUUUCGAAUUCGGAAUUCGUCCUCAGACAGGAGUUCGAGGACGAUCUCAAAGAUCUCAAAGUGGAUUGUGUUCGAAUGGUGGAGGCUAUUUGCGAGCUGAAAGAUUCUGAAGGGUCGAAGCUGCUUGAAUCUUUCGAGAUUCUUUUAUCUGUUGGGCUAUUACAGCUGUAUUCUGGUGACGAGGAGUCUGCGUCAAUCCUCACAGACCUGAAAGCAGCAUUUGAAAAUUAUACCGAUUCCAGCGCUGAACAGUUGCUGAUUGACACCCUGGUGGAUCUUGUGCUUUCUUAUUUGACUCAAAAAUCAUCGUUGAUGAAGAAGGUUGCUGUCACGGUCUGGGAGAAUCUGGUCGACAAAGUUGAAGAGCCCGAGUUGCAGCGACUCUUUGAGGUUUUGCUCACUAAAGAAAACAAAGAGGGGCAAGAAAAGCUUUUCAAUAAUGACAGCGCAGAUGAUGAGCAUGACUCGGAGGAAAUGGACCACUCAGGAUCGGACUUUGAAGACGACUCCGUGGAUGUGGUGACGAGUGACUCAGAGGAUCCUGUUGGUUUCGACGAGGUUGAACAGAAGACCACCAACGAGCUUGCGCAGGCUCUUGGAGUGGCCAAUGACGAUGAUAGCUCUGACGGCUCGAGCGAUUCGUCUGACGAGUCGGAGUCGGAUGUGGAAAGUAUGUCUGACGAGCAAAUGAUGGCUAUCGAUUCGACGCUGUCCAGAAUAUUUAAACAGCGUCGAGAGGCUCUUACAGCCCUAGAAGCAAAGUCUGGCAACCAGAGGAAAGAAGAAGUGCAAAAUGCUCGUGAACUGAUGAUCUUUUUCAAGAACCGUGUUUUGGACUUGCUAGAGAUAUUUUGCACCAAGAGACCAGGCGACAUAUCUAAUUUAAGAAUUGGCAUUGUGCUUUUGGAUCUAAUGGCCUUGACUUUGGAGAAACAGGUUGGCGAAAAAGCUCAUAAGCUCAUCAAAAUAAUUACAAGAAGUCUCAUCAAAGUGUCUAUACAAAACAAGUCGGAACUCAUAGCCGGCUUGAAAGAGAUACAAGAAAGAGCGGCCACCAAAUCAAAAUUCCGUGCGCACUCGCAGGCCUGCAACCAGUUGUCGCUGUAUAUUGUGCGAAGCAUGGUGGCAUUCGAUAAAAACACAAUCCCAGAGUUACUAGAGGUUUAUUUCGAGAGCAUCAAGGAUUGGGCAAUGAAUCCGUCCAACAAAACCACCACCAAUAUGUAUUUCGAUCUUCUCAACUGGCUAAAUGACAGAAGAGAGAUACACUGA